CGAGGAGGCGCAGGAGAGGCCGGAGCCGCCGGGGGCGUCCCCCACUUGGCUGGAUCCAGUGUCUGUAUUCAUGCUAAAAGUCCAGGUGAAUGACGUCAUCAGUCGCCAGUACCUGAGUCAGGCAGUUGUGGAGGUAUUUGUCAACUACACGAAGACAAAUUCCACAGUAACUAGGAACAAUGGAGCAGUAUUGAUAAAAGUGCCCUACCAAUCAGGACUCAGCUUAACCAUCAUUGCUUACAAAGAGGGCUACGUCUUGACGCCUCUGCCGUGGAAAACCGGAAGGAUGCCAAUAUAUUCUUCAGUUACGCUUUCACUGUUCCCGCAAAGCCAAGCAAACAUAUGGCUCUUUGAAGAUACGGUUUUGAUUACUGGAAAACUAGCUGAUGCCAAAUCUCAACCAAGUGUUCAGUUCUCAAAAGCCUUCAUUAAACUUCCUGACAACCAUCAUAUUAGCAACGUGACUGGCUAUCUAACAGUUCUGCAACAGUUUUUAAAGAUGGACAAUUUUCUGUAUACGGCUGGAAUCACUCUUAACAAACCAGGCUUGGAAAACAUCGAGUUGACCCCUCUUGCUGCCAUAUGUGUGAAAAUAUAUUCUGGAGGAAAAGAAUUAAAGGUGGAUGGCUCCAUCCAUGUUUCUCUUCCUCUUCUACCCACAAACAGUGUAAACAUGGGCGAUCGACUACCUGCUUGGACGUUUGAUAUGAACACAGGUGCGUGGGUGCAUCAUGGCUGGGGAACAGUCAAGCAGCACAACAGUCAUUUGAUUUGGACCUAUGACGCACCACAUUUGGGCUACUGGAUAGCAGCGCCAUUCCCAGGAGCUAGAGGCUCAGGCAUCCAUGAAGAUUCCAGAGACAUAACUGCCUACCACACAGCGUUCCUCACAGCCAUCUUAGGCGGAACCAUGGUCAUCACCGUUGGAUUUUUCGCUGUGCUGCUUUGUUACUGCAGGGGGAAGUGUGGGACGCCACAGAAAAGAGAAAGAAAUAUCACUAAGCUCGAGAUCCUCAAGAGAGACCAGACGACAUCCACGACACACAUAAAUCAUAUCAGUUCAGUCAAAGUUGCCUUAAAGGCUGAGGGCAAGCCGCAGCUCUUUAACGCCAAAACCUCCUCCUACAGCCCCCAGAAAAAGGAAGCCGCGAAGAUGGAGGCAGAAGAGAGAAUUUCUAUGGUGAAAACUCGAGACAAUUUUAAAAUCUACAACGAAGACGUUUCCUUUCUGCCUGUCAAUCACAGUAGUUACUCAAGAAACCCAGCGCAGUCUUUGGAGCCAAGCGCGGGGAGCAAACAACCUAAGCACGUCAAGAGCGCGCUGUCCCCACCGCUGGGGGACGCCGGCGAGGAGGAGCGGUACCCGGCGGGGGCCGAGGAGGCCUACGGGCGCUCCCGCCUCCCCGAGCAGCUCCUGCACCUCUACAGCCAGCCCAUCGCCAUCCUCCAGACGUCGGAGCUCUUCGCCGCCCCGGAGCCGCUGCACGGCGCCAGGUCCGCCACGCUGCCCAGGAAGGGGCAGCUCGUGUACGGCCAGCUGGCGGAGCCCGGCGGCAGGGACAGCUUCGCGCAGACGCUGCCCAAAAUGCCCGCGCACUCUCACGCGCAGGCCGCGGACGCCGGCGAGGGGGACCUCGCGCUCCCAGGUCAGCAGGGCCUGCCGCCCCAGGCCGCGGACUGGGGCCGCUACUCCACCAGCCUGCUGGAGUCGGUGUCUGUCCCCGGCACGCUCAACCAGGCCGUGGUGAUGACGCCCUUCUCGUCGGAACUGCAGGGCAUUUCGGAGCAGACCCUCCUGGAGCUGUCCAAGGGCAAGCCCUCGCCGCACCCCAGGGCGUGGUUCGUGUCUCUGGACGGAAAGCCCGUGGCGCAGGUGAGGCACUCCUUCAUCGACCUGAAGAAGGGCAGGAGGACGCAGAGCAACGACACGAGUCUGGACUCCGGGGUGGACAUGAACGAGCACCACUCAAGCCGGAAGCUGGAGAGGGAGAAGACGUUCAUCAAGAGCGCGCCGCAGCCCAAGACCCUCUACCUGGAAGACCUGGACCUGAGCAGCAGCGAGAGCGGGACCACCGUCUGCUCGCCCGAGGACCCCGCCCUCAGGCACAUCCUGGACGGAGGCAGCGCCGUGGAAGACGCCGACGCCAACACGUCUCCCACCAGAAAAAGAGGCCGGCCGCCACCGCUCGCCCAAAGGGACGGCAAGACUAACAUCUGGAAGAAACGCGAGGAGCGCCCGCUGAUCCCCAUGAGCUAGUCGCGGGCGCGGGCGUCUGUGUCGUCUCAGGCUGCGCGUCCCUCUGGUGGACUGCAGUCCGGGCUUCUUCCAACGCUAAGACUGAGCCAUCUCGUGGGCCUUAGCCGCUUCUCAAGCAACGUAGACGGUAAAACAAUAGUCAGAAAUCAGACAUGCUUCCUCUGGCCUGUUCUUUUCGUUGUUUUUGUUUGUUUGUUUUGUUUUGGGUGGGUUUUUGUUUUGUUUUGUUUUGUUUUUGAGUGAUGAGGACAUUCAAGUUUUUAAAAUGUAACAUAAUGUAAAGAUGCUCCCUGAAAACGCUGCUCCGCUUGCCGGUUGGUACUGAUUCUGAGAAUACCGUUGCGAAAAGUGAGGUGAAGUUGCCUUCCGAGAUGGUGCCUGGGUCUCCUGGAGCCUUAGAAAGGCAGGCGUCCUCCACAGGCCUCCUCCUCAGGCGUGUGACCGCGGUGUCCUCUCCUGCCUCUGCUGAAACACAGCUUGGUUAGCGCGAGGGUGGACAGUGAAGGCCAAACAGCGCUUUUUUAAAGGGUAAAGGCUUGUGCACUGCCGUUCCCGAAGAGAGCCCUGCGGCGCGGGCGGGAAGCCCCAGCCGACUAGAGCAGGAGACCCGGAUUCGAAUGAUGUGGGGAUGUGGGUGUACAGAGUAAAUACGGUAUUGACCUGUUUUGCAGAAAUUCGAGAAAUGGAAACUCUGGUCUUGUCUAUUUUCGAAUGAAGUGACCUUAGUUGCCCGCUGAAAGGAGGCCCUGAGUUUAAGGUUCACUGACCCGUAUAGGCUAAAACUGGCUUUUAAUACAUUUUUCCGAAAUUCAAAUUUGGUCGUUUAGAGACUUUCAAAUUUGAUGUAAAAAUACAGAAAUUUCUUGUGAAUGCCAAACAGUGAAAAGACUGUGUGGAGAAAAAGGAAAUGAGUAUUUGGAUAGGAAAGGAAAGGCCGAUUUCCUGAUAUUCAAAAAAAAUCUCCAGCGUAUGAGUUACAUUUCUAAAUCUUGACACUUGUAAAAGAUGUUUGAGGGGAGGUUUUCCUCGCCCCCGUGUCCCUGCAGCCUCAUGUUUCAGGCUUUUAUCGCUGUCCUUCUCCCAGUCUGAACCCAGGAGCUGUUUUCAGUUGUAUGUCCUCAAUUCUCCUGAAAAUAAAAGCUCUUCAAUACAACCAACCAUCCUGUUCUACUUAAAACUUUUCACGAGGACACAUUUGUGCAGCAGCUUCCCCUUUCCUUUGGUGGGAAGAGAUGGUUCUUCUCAUCCCAAAUGUAAGAGCUGCAGAGAUUCAAGCCACCUGAACAAGUGUGAGGAAAGUAAAAUAGACGCCCCAGCUCUGUAAAGUUGUAGAGAGUUCUAUGACGGAAGUCGGCAGCUUUCCUCCCUGUAAUCACUUCUAAAAUAUCUGUUGUAACUCUCCUGGCUGUCUGAGUUUAACCCAAAGAACGCAAAGACCCUUGCCUAUGUUUCUUGUAUAUUACCUCUCUUCAUAUGUGUUUGGGUAGCACACGGGCUUACUUUGGGGGGUAGAGUGGUAAGGCUUACGUUUAGAGGAGGUUUUGUAUCGGUCUCACACAGAAACGGAUCAGGAGCAGCACGAACAAAACGGACUUGGAGAAGUUUAAGGAGUUAGCGCUCUGUGGAAGUGCCUUUGACUCGGACUUGUCAGGAGGACUGUGGACACCUUUCUUCAGUGUACAUUUUCUUAGCCAAAUUAAACAGAUGUGCAGUUAUUAAAAACAUAGGCCUAGUGUUUCAUGUUGGAACAAUGAAUUUUGCAUGUAACAUUCUCUUUUGCGUGCUGUUUUUUGGAUCCACAAUAUAUUGUUAAAUUGCUUGUCUUGGGAUGAGGUCGGGAACGCUAUUGUAAAAUGCUGCACCUCCUCAGCACCUUAAGUGGAUAUUCUCAGCUUUAAAAACGGCUCGCGUUUCCACUGGGCAGACAGGAGUUGUAGCACCCAGUAUGCCAGUGACUCCACUCAUUCUCGUCUAAGGGGAAUGAGGUGAUGUAACCGAAGGGCUGUGUAGAACUUAAGUUUCACAAAAUACUCAACAACACCGCAAGGCUGCUUUUGAUUGAGAAUGAUAGACAGUUUAUCUUUUCUAAUCGGAAGACUGAGACUUAUUGUGAGCAGGCCAGUUUCCUGGUAAGGAGCUGAAGCCAUCUACUUUUUCUUAACCCCAGUGACACAUCAACACUACUCACUACUUUCUUAAAUUUUUAAAUCGAAAGCCAAUGCAUACUUUUGCAUACGAAAACUAGAGAAUUUUGAUUAUAAUUGUUGACAUUUAUGGCUCUUUUGUACAUAGUCCAGAUAUAACUUGAAGGCAGAGCUGUCAACUAGCUGAUGGAUUCAUUUACAAAAAGCACAGCUUUGUGCAGUUUUGGAUACACGUGACCUUGAAACUUUAUAAAACCCAUUUCUAUGACUUUCCACAGUUGAGUAGGGGUCAUUUAUAGUGUGCCACAGUGUGCCACGAAGAUCGCUAACGCUGAGGAAUAACAGCUCGGCUUUGCUUUGGCAAUUACUCUCAGGCCAGUUUCUGUGUAUGUGGAUCCUCUGCUGUCGAUAUAUUAUAGGGUUUUAGAGAUUUGGGGGUCAAAUAUUGUCCUCCCAAACUUCCAGAAAGGUGAUGCUCAAAGCUCCACGUUCAUUUCUACAGCUGAGUUACCCGCUGGAGAUCUAGAGUUGAUAUCUUGCCCUCUUGUUCCCAGGUGUUUCUGUUAUUUUCCUUUGUAUUCUUUCAUCAGAGAAAUCUCAUGUUUUGGUGUAUUUAUUGCUGUUAUUGUAUUUCUUGAACAGUCUGAAGAUUUGUAAAAUGUUACAAACAGUUCUUUAAGGAUAAUAAAAUCAAUCUA